AUGUGGAUGGAGGAUUGUGUCGAUUGCGUUUCUGCGCAGAAUAGUUUGCAGGCUUGGAUCCGUCAUUUGACGGACUUCCAUGCACUUCCAACCGAAUGGCCCAGUGAUAGGGCGCUCCGGUUAACAGGAGUUGCCGCAACGAAACCUUACACUACCAUCACCGAAUCCAAAAAACGAAGGAGAAAAGACUCAGUUCCUCGGCCGCUCAAUAGCUUUAUGCUGUUUGCUCAGCACAUUCGACGAAACGUUUUGCGAAUUCACAAUGAAGCAUCUAAUUCUGUAUUAAGUCAACAACUCGGUAUUGUUUGGAGGUCUGUUCCGCGAAGUGUCAAGAAUCGUUAUGACGAGGAGGCUGCAAAGUUAGUUAAAAUCCACCAACUCGAGUUCCCUCACUACAAAUACCAACCCAAGAAACGUGGAGUGAUACUAGAUACCGUGGCUAAUGGAAAUAGUUCAUCGGUUACAACUGCAAACAGCACUGAAUCGAGUCCAACUACAGUUCAACAAGUUUCUGUCUCCCGAGGUUAUUCACCCGAACCCUGGCGUAUUCAAGAUUCCGCUUACUCUUCCAGGAAAAACAGUUGUACCUCCUCAACGGAAUUUCCUUCAACCCCAGUGAAACAGCAACAGCCGCAUCAAUCUGCAAUUCAGCCCUUAAGGAAGAUAAUUCUUGAUGAACAUCAGCGGCCACUUGUUCGUCAACGCUACGCGUCGGCUACAAGUCAACGACCGGUGAAUGUCAUAAUUAGACAACCCCGACCAACAUCCUGUCUCCUGAAUCCUGCGACACGAAUCUUGAAACGAGAGCAUGAACCCUUUGGAGAGCAGUAUCAAACACUAUUUUCGAGCAUUAACGCCUCUACAAUUCCCAAACGAAGAUCUACAUUCCUGGAGAAUGAACAUGGUGCGUUCUCCCUCCCUGAGCUAUUCAAUUCUCAAACCCUCCUUGGUAGUGGAAAUCGGGGUGUAGAUGACGAUGAAGAAUUCUCGUAUUUUGAGUCAACGACAGAAUCUGAGUCCAUACUUUCUGAAGAGAACAUGCUUUUUGAUGAUACCUCUUCAAUGAUGGAUUUGGCCGAUUUUCUUCCCGGUGCUGAAGAGUUGAUUCUUGGAGUGGAACCUUUCGCUUCAGGAACCUUAUCUCCGGAUCUUGAGAUGCUUGACAAGAACGAACUCCUGAAACUGUAG